CGUACAGCAAUCUUGGGCACGGCCAGGAUCCUUCGCCGUGUCCUUCAGAAUUGCGAGAAGGCGAGUAUGAGGUCUGGGAUGUGGUUCAUUCCUCCUCAUAUCUCCAAAAUGCCGGCAGGUGCCGUGGAAGGUGAUCAGGUGCUGGGAUAUGAUACCGACAUAGAGGGUUUCAUGAAUAGAGAGGAGAUCUACGAAUUCAUUGCUAAGCAGGACCUCAACUAUUGCCGCAAUCCAACAUCGGCAGAGGAACCAUGGUGCUUCGUUUCCACAUACUCAUGGGACUACUGCAACAUCCCCUUCUGCCUUGACCGCAAAGAACCCGUGGAAUGCAGAUUGACUGAAGAAGGAUGGGAUUAUGCAGGGUUCAGGAACGUUGAUGCAGGUGGUCGGAAUUGUCAACCCUGGUUGACGUCCGACGCCAAGCGAUUUCAACUCCUGAACUUCUUCGCAUUCCCUGACGAACUCAAGGACUAUACCUACAACUACUGUCGCAAUCCUGACCCGAACAAUGACAGUCUCUGGUGUUUUACUGAGGAUGGAGAAGACGUUGGGAAAGGACGGGGUCAGUGCAAUGUCCCAUUCUGCUAUGAAGUGUAUGAGCGUUCCGCUCUUGAA